AUGGCACAUUUACUUGGAAGUAAAGCAUGUAUAGACAGUCUUCGCACCGAUGUGGAAGAUUUACAAGCCGUUAUUUACGAAGUAGUUGGCAAAACAGGCAGUAUCAAAUGUUUUUCUUGGAAAUUUCCUGAUAAAUUAGCAACCGAUUUAGAUAUGAAAGAAUUACUACAACGUUAUCAGUAUGGGAAACAUGAAGUUGAUAAUCAAGUGACACAUAUAGUUUUAUUUGAAAUUAUUAUUGACAGACUACUAUUGAUAUUGCACGGAUCUUGGCGUUUUAUUGAUGAAAUUCAAAUGAAUAUUCAACCCGAUUCAUCCUCAACCAAUCAUCAAUCGAAUUUAAGUAUUGGACUUGUUGUUAAAAAAUAUUGGAAUAAAUUGUUAUAUUUACAAACCAUUGUCCAAAAUAUGUGCCGAGAGGUUCGUUGUAAAGGUUUAAUUAUUGAUCGUAAACGUGAUCAAUCUCUAGAUGGUACAAAAACUCAUCGUGUAAAAACUUCAUCCAUUCUACUUCGUUCUAAAACAAAUAUUGACAUGUCGUCAUCAUCAAAUGAAAAACGUUGUCAAACAGUUGAAACAUCAUUUGGUCCAUGUUCAUCAUGUUCAAAAGUUCAAACGUGUUUACGUGAAAGUGGAGAUUUAUUGAUUAAUCUUUGUCAUACAUAUAAUUUACCAUCAUCUCUUGCUCAUUUUCGUAGUGGUCUCAAUCAUCCAUUACCAGAAUGGUUAUCAUCCGAUGAUAUUAAUCGUUGGUCAGAUAAUCAAGUAAAAGAUAUUGAACGUCUAUCAAAACAUUUAGAACAUUUACAAAAUUCAUUAAAUACAUGUAAAACAGAAUUGCAAACAUUAGAUAAUAAAUUAAAAAAACAAGAUGAAUUAAGAAAAAAAUUACAACAAACAAUUCAAGAAGAUAAAGAUUCAAAACGAAUAUUAAUAGAAUUAUACGAUAAAAAAUUAUUAGAACAAAAACAGGAAUAUGAACAACAAGGAAAAUUAUUAGAUGAAUCUAUUAGACAGUUGACAUUAAAUAAACAACAAUUAGAACAAAAAUUAAAUGAAUUAAAUGAAGAUAAUUUAAAUAAAACUGAUCAAAUUCAAAAAUUAGAAUUAUCUAAAAAUGAAUUGCAAAUUCUUGUUCAGAAUUAUGUCAGAUCGGAUGAUAAUCUAAAACUUGUCGAACAAGAUCGACUUCGUACACAAAUUGAAUUAGAUCUAAUGAAAAAAGAUUGUGAUGAUAAAACGCGAGAGAUACAAAAAGAACGAACAAGAAUUGAAAAUAUGAUUCGACAAGAACAAACAUAUCAAAUUAAACAAAAAACGUUAACAACAUCAUUAGAAGAAUUAACACAGGAAUGUGAAUCAUUAAAGAAAGAAGUAAAUGAAUUAGAGAUUAUUAGAGAUGAUUUGCAAUUAUCAUUGGAACAAACACAAAAACAAAAUAAUCAUCAUUUGACACAAGUAGCUGAUAAAUCAAAAAUCUCAUCAAUUAUGGAAGCAAAUAAUCAAUUUGUUUGUGAUAUUACAAUGUUGAAAAGUAAUCUUGAACAGUUACAACAACAAUUACGACAAAUGGAUGAACGAGAACAAUUACUCAUACAUUAUCCUGAUCUAAAUGGAAUUAUUGAAACAGGACCACCGACGAAUAAUAUUGUAGAAGAUAUGCAAAAUCAGAUACAAGCAAAUGAAAUUCGAAUUGAUUUACUUCGUCGACAAACCGAAUCAUUACGAUCAUCAUUAGAGAAAAUAUUGAAUACACAUAAUAAUAAUCAACAACUAACUACAACAACGAUUGAUGAAGAAAAAUUUCAAAAAAUACGAAAUCAUUCACGAAUGAUGAUAUCUGAAAGACGAAAUUCAUUUAACAGUGAUACAUCACAACCAACAACCACGAAAGUUCGUCAAGCUCCUUUGUGGAAAUUGAAUAAUGAGAUUGUUCUACAAGAAAGAACGAUAACGCCCACAAAUUAUAUUCCAAGAUUUAGUGAACAAGAUUAUGUCGCUAAUGGUUGGAUUAGAUCUGAUUCAGAUGCAACAAUGUCGAGUAACAAUAAUAACAACAGUGAUAUUGAACAUUCACCAAAACGACAUGAUAGGUCAUCAUCUUCAUCAUCAUCAAAAACACAGACAACUGAUCUUAUUAUACAAGCUGAAAAUAUGUCGUCUCGUCCACCUACAACAAUGACAACAAGAAACAGUACUCGAGAUCCUGGAAGAGCAUCAGCAAUACCACCAGCAUCUGAAUUUGAAAUGAUUAUUGGUAAAGGCCGAACAAGUCGACCAUCAUCAGCUGUACAUCGAAAUAAAACUAAUAAUUUAACAACGGCAGACAAUUCACGACGUGAUACCUCAUUAACAAAAACGAGUGGUCGAACAACUGAAACAACUGCAAAGACCACGACAUCAACAAUCAGAUCAACAACUGAAAAUGGCAGAGGAGGAGAACAUCUUCAUUGUAUAACGUGUAAUAGAUCUUAUGAUGAUAAACGAAAUUUUGAUAUACAUAAAAUGUAUUGUAGAAAUUAA